AUGCGUUCUUUUCUGGUAAAUAGCUCAUCAUAUGGCUUAGAAGCAUCACAAAUCUCAACUUUAUUACACAGUGCAACAUAUAACCAACCGACCAUCGUCCGAGUACAACAACAUACAACGGGUUUGUACCGCGCAGUUCGGCGCACAUCAGCGUGUAAUCGUCCUGCUUUUCAGACAAAAUCGACGCGUUCCAUCCGUUCCGUGACUCGCUCCGAUCAUGGACAUCGGGUUGACCCGCGUGAGGUUGACCAGCUAGCCAAUGACCUGAAACGGGCCGCUCAAAGCACAAAGAACUACGGCGUUUUCUAG